AUGCGUCUCAUCGAGACGUCCACGCUCGAGAUGGAGGAGUUCUCCCCGCCAAAGAUCCCGCCCUACUCGAUCCUAUCGCACACAUGGGGCGCUGAGGAGGUGUCGCUGGUCGACUUCAUGGCCGUCAGUUCGGCCUCAGCCAAAACCAAGUCCUCCCGGCGCGGCUUCAAGAAGAUUGUGCGCGCCGCCCAGCUGGCCCGCACGCUCAAGCACAAGUACAUCUGGAUCGACACUUGCUGCAUCGACAAGUCGAGCAGCGCCGACCUGACUGAGUCCAUCAACUCCAUGUACCAGUGGUACCGCGAUUCGGAGGUCUGCCUCGCCUGGCUGGACGACCUGCCUGGCGACAGACCCGACAGGGACAUGGCACAUUGCCGCUGGUUCACGCGCGGCUGGACCCUGCAAGAGCUCGUUGCGCCGCGCCGCCUUGAGUUUUAUGACGCAGACUGGUCCUUCCGGGGCACCAGAACAGCGCACGUCGACCGCAUCUUCAAGCGCACCAACAUCCCGCAGCGGAUCCUGCUGGGCCAGGCGCACCCCACCGGCUACUCUCUUGCACGCCGCAUGUCGUGGGCGGCGACACGCGAGACGACGCGUAUUGAGGACACGGCAUACUGUCUGCUGGGUAUCUGUGACAUCAACAUGCCACUGGCAUACGGCGAGGGCGCCAAGGCCUUCCGCCGCUUGCAAGAGGAGAUUGUCAAGAAAAACAGCGAUCUGACCAUCUUUGCGUGGCGCUCGCCGCUGGCCACGGUGCCGGCCAUCCAAGUUAGCCAAGACGAGGGCACCCGUCCGCAUCGAUCCGCGGUCAAGCCCGUGCCGGUCACCGUUGAAUCCACCGCCGUGUUCCAUCCAAAAGACGCGCCCGGCGUCGCCUCGCCGGCUCACUCGCGCGUCACCUCACCGGCCCUCCCCAACCCCAUCGAGACAAAGCGUCGUUCGGUCUCCCCGUCUCCCUCGCCCUCGAAAGGAUCGAGAGCCUCCACACCUGUAUCGACCCCACUGUCCACCCCGACUUCGGCACCUCUUGGGAAAGUCCUCUCGAGUCCGAACACCUCGGCUGUGUCCGUGGCAGCGUCCUCGACCGUGGCGGAUGGCGCAACCAACCAGCGGCGCGGCCGGCCUGAACUGUGCCUCUUUGCACCCUCACCAGCACCGUUUGCGGAAUAUGCGAGCUUGCAUCCCUUUGCCGACGAUUUUGAAAACUUUUCAGUGACAAACCGUGGUCUGUUCGUGUCUGGGUCGGUGUAUUUGCGACUCGUGACCAAACAAGCCGUCCCCGGCCAGUCACCGGCUACAAACCAUUAUUUGUUGCUGCUUGGAAGCCAAUUCGGCAACUUCGUCGGCAUGUACCUGAUCAAGGUCGGGCCAAACAUCUUUCAGCGCGACUGGGAGGCCGACAUGGCCGUCUUGAAGCAGGACGAUGUGCAAUUCCUGCGAGGCUUUCUCGUAACGGACUGGUAUAUCCUGAUCGACAAGCGGUCCGCUAACACGAUCACGGCAGAGACAUUCCGCCAGUCGUCCAUUCAUGUUCCACUCAUGGGGCACGGCAACGAGUACGUUAUCGUCAAGGAAACAGCGCCGACGCACUUGUGGGAUGUGCAGGACCGCCUAUUUGUGAGGCCCAAAGCAUAUGCGUGGACACGCUACGACAUGGUCUUGGCCAUCAAGUGUUCCGCCACGCUGCGCAACAUCCACAUCAAGGUUCCCGACACACCCGACGCCAUUCCGAUAACGAGGCGCAUCAGCUUUGUCGUGCUCUGCCAGUACCGCCACCACCAACGCGACCCGGAGUUUGUCGUCUUUUUGGAAGAAGACUACCCGCGGGAGACGGAGAUGAUCAUGGUGCGGCGGGCACCCAACAACAGCUUCAUGUGGCCCGACCUGGACGUCCUCUGCCCCCACCUGACGAAGCUGCCGGACUAUGUCAUGGUUGAUGUCGGCGAGCGCAAUGCGCGCACGGGCAAGUGGCGCAGCUGCUGGUACCGCAUAUCGACAGUGCUCAAGAAAGAGAAGGUCGACCUGGAAUACACGGUGCCGGAGCUUUUCAGCUUGUACUUUGACGUCACGCUGGCUGAAAACUACAAUCCCGCCGAGGCCAAGGACAAGGAGAACCAGGGCAAGCAGGAUAGGCAGAACAAGGACGAGAAGAAGACGAUUCCCACGGACAUGAAGAAACCCAGUUAG